AUGUGGCGGGAUCGGACAAAUCUGUAUAGCUCUCCACUCUACAUCUCUUAUCGCCAAUCGUUCGCUCACCAUCCGACGAAGAAGCCACGUCACUUCGGACCUUCUCAUGGCUUCUCCGAUUCACCGUCGUUGUCUGAGGAGAGACGUGGGUUGAUCGCGGGAGCUGAGGGUCUGGAAGAUGAUGGCGACGCCGUCAUCGAAAUGGACAUGCUGCCUCCCCGCUGGGUAGACGUGCAGGAAGAGGUCACGGAGACGCUAGCGGACAUUGCGCAGAAGUCGGCUCGGCUAGACAAACUUCACCAGAAGCAUCUCCUGCCAGGGUUUGGAGAUGAGGCGGCCCGAAAGGAGGAGGAGAGCCUCAUUGAUCAGCUGACACACGAGAUCACCCGUGGAUUUCACUCUUGCCAGGACUCCAUCCAGAAAAUCGAGAUGAUGGUGCGGGAAGCAAAGCAGCAGGGAGGGGUGAGCAAAGGUGAAGAGACUAUGGCGAAGAACAUUCAGAUCUCUCUUGCCUCGAGAGUUCAAGAGGCGAGCGCGCGGUUUCGAAAGAAGCAAAGCACCUACUUGAAAAAGCUACGGGAGCUGGAAGGAAUGGCCUCGCCGUUCGACCGGUCCACAACACCAGUGCUGAACCCCUACUCAGAUCCGUCGCUCAUGGAGUCGGACGCCGAUAAAUCGUUCUCGCAGACCACCCUCCAACAGACCUCGCAGAAAAUGGUUGGUGCCAACGAUGCGGCGAUCCUGCAGAGAGAGCGGGAGAUCAACGAUAUCGCAAAGGGCAUUAUUGAGUUAUCAGAUAUAUUCCGCGAGUUGCAGACGAUGAUCAUCGACCAGGGUACGAUGCUGGACAGGAUAGAUUACAAUGUCGAGAGGAUGGCAACCGAGGUGAAAGCUGCGGAUAAGGAACUCAAAGUGGCGACGAACUACCAACGACGGACAACAAAGCGCAAGAUCUUGCUCCUGCUCUUUCUGCUAGUAGUUGGGCUGUUCAUUAUCCUCCUCAUCAAACCCAAACGCCACAGCUCCUCCGCGUCGACUCCACCGCCUGAGCCUCCACCUCCACCUCCGCCUCAAGCCGGGCAACAGUCACCACCAAUUGCGAGAAGGUCUAUCGUUGAUGUUGGGUCAAACUCUGAGAAAUUCGUCCAUCGUCAUCACUGGAAGCGGAAACCGUCCUCCUCAGUAAUAAACCGGUUCUCACGGGAUGUCUGGAACGAUCCUGAUAUAUAUGACUUGGUUGGCUGA